GGAGAGAGAAUGCGGCAGAAGGAGGCAGCAGACCGUCAGCGGCCGACUCCGGGAGAGAGGGAUAGAGACGGAUUCUCACUUCUUUCAUCGGGCUUUACAGCGCUUCUUUUCCCUGCACCUUUUUUAUCACUCCACACCCAUUCUCUUUCAGUUUCCCUGUCCCUCUGUCCUUCCUGCUGCUGAUUCUGUCUCUCCCUGCUGUUUUUUUAUUCUGCUGUCCUACAUCCCGACUUGCUACUAUCUCUGUCUUUCCUCCUCUUCCUCACCUAUGGCUACCUGACAGUGAGAUUGUCCUUCCACCAUCACUUUUCCUCUCCCACUCUCUUUUUCACCACCGUCUUUUCUCUCCCCUUCCUCAGCUUCAACCCUCCCUUCACUUUGAUCUUUCCUUUCCUUGCACCUGUCCGUCAUCUAUCUGCUUUCUUUUGGAGUGAGGAUGCCAGUGUUGGAGGAGCUUUGGGGCCCAGAUCUCAGGAUGCGGGACUCCGGUCUCGGUGUUGGGGUCGAAGUCGGGGUCUGUCCAGAUGAGGCUCCCCGUUCACCGCUCUGGGGGCCUCUCAGGAUGCCUCCUGUUACCUGCGGGGGCCUGUCGCUGGCCCUGGAGCUUCCUGCCCUCAUACGGCACCUCAGGGCGGCCUGGAAGGCUCGCAGGGGAGGCCCUCUGGGGCCUGAGAGAAGUCAGAAGAGCGCUUGGGUACAAGCAGAGAAGGAAGAGGUAGAGGAGGUGAAGAAUGACAUAGAGGACAGGAGCGCUCAUCUUGAGGCUGAUGGCAGACUGAACACUAGUCAUGCUGGUGUGUUGCUGGUUGAGAGACGAGGCUCCUACCCGCUGAUUGACCUGCGAAUCCUCAAAACCAGUACCCAGCAGGGGGAGGUAGAGUCCGGCACCAGGAGAAAGGUGAAGCGUCUGCUGAGCUUUCAGAGAUACUGCCACGCCUCCAGGCUGCUCAGGGGGUUGGUGCCCCACACCCCAGGGUCACUGCACCUGCUGGACGAUGACUACCUGGGACAAGCUGUGCACAUGCUAUCUAAAGUAGGCACAUGGAACUUUGACAUUUUCCUCUUUGACCGUCUUACAAAUGGUAACAGCCUGGUGACUCUGAUGUGCCAUCUAUUCAAUGUCUACGGUCUCAUUCACCACUUCCAGCUGGACAUGGUCAAACUACACAGGUUUCUUGGCAUGGUUCAAGACGACUACCACUCCCAGAAUCCCUAUCACAAUGCUGUUCAUGCUGCUGAUGUCACUCAAGCCAUGUACUGCUACCUGAAGGAGCCCAAGCUGGCAGAGCAGCUGAGUCCUCUGGACGUGUUCCUGGGUCUGAUGGCAGCAGCGGCCCACGACGUGGACCAUCCAGGGGUCAACCAGCCCUUCCUCAUCAAGACCCGACACCACCUGGCAUCCCUCUACCAGAACACGUCUGUGCUGGAGAGUCACCACUGGAGAUCCACAGUGGGCAUGCUGCGAGAGUCAGGACUGCUGUCCCACCUGCCUGCUGACAUGUCGCAGGACAUGGAGCAGCAGCUGGGCUCUCUCAUCCUGGCUACAGACAUCAGCAGGCAGAACGAGUUCCUGUUGACCUUCAGAGAACAUCUGGACAACCAGGACUUAGAUCUUCAACUCACUUCACACAGGCAUUUCAUACUGCAGAUUGCUCUGAAGUGUGCGGACAUCUGUAAUCCGUGUCGGGUUUGGGAGCUGAGCAGACAGUGGAGUGAGAGGGUGUGUGAGGAGUUCUACAGACAGGGUGACCUGGAGAGAAAGAUUGACUUGGAGAUAAGUCCUCUAUGUAACCAGCAGGCUGACUCUGUCCCAGCCAUUCAGAUAGGGUUCAUCUCCUACAUUGUGGAGCCUCUGUUUGAGGAGUGGUACCGCUUCACUGAGCCCAGCUCGCUCAGCCAGACCAUGAUGGGUCAUUUGCACAAGAACAAGGCCCGCUGGAGCCAACUGCGAUAUGCGCACACACCUUCAGACAUGCAAAAACAACCUCAUUCUGAGGAGCCCGUGCCUGAAGGAGGAGGAAAGGGGGAAGACAUCCCUUAAUCUCCAUCUUGUUUCUUGAGGCGUUUUAUCUCCCUUUGUGAACGGAGGAGGAGUGUUUAACCACCUCCUUGUUGGUUCUCCAGCAGAUUUUCUCCCACUGCUGGUUGUUCGCAGCUUCUGAAAGUGGGAGCACUGGAAGGGAGUCUGGCUUGGAUUCAUGAGAAAUGGCUCCCUCUGCUGGAGCAGAGGAUUAUAGCCCUGCAGGGGGGAAAAAUAAGAUGGAGAGAUUCAAGGUUGGGCAGAUGGAGGAUAAUCUUAGUAAAUAUAUGCCAAUUUGAUAAAGUUAUGCCUUUCUCUUUGACCCUGUGAUAUAGCAAACUAUCUGAGAAAAGCAGGAAUACUAUUAAAAGGUUGUGGCUGAUGAAAGAGGAGGGAUCAGUGAAGACAAAUAUUGUUUGCACAAUGCUGCUAGAACAGUAAUGAAAAAUCCAAAAUUAUAUACAAGUCAGCUGGGCUGUGCUGGAAAAGAUGACAUAAAAUAAAUAAUAGAAAAAGAGGAAUAUAUCCUAUAUUAUGCUUUUUAAACUUUUAGACAAGACAUACUGCAUUAAGCUCUUUUCACUUUUCCUCUUUUUGUACAGCUUUCACUUAUAUUAGAUGCUCUUUCUUACAAGUGUCUCACUUAUCUACUUUUCACUGACAUGCGUUUUUAACUCAAGCACUAAGUUGGUAUGUCAAGGUACUGUAAAAUGUAUUCUGUUUUAAUGGUGUAACUUGUAAGACUGACUGAAUAGGCCGAUACAAAAUAAUGACUGACACAAAGUCAGCUUGAUGGUUUUUCUGGACUUGAGCAAACUCACCGAUGUGGAGAACACAAACAAGAGCCAAGUGUUUGUGUUCAUGUAUUGUUAUGAACAGUAUAAUCUGUACUUACUGUGACAUACAACCUCAGCACUUCACAUGCCAAAAUCUCAGCAAUGUAUUAACCUUUUUACUGGGUGUGGAUAUUGGGAAAUGUAACUCUUAUACUGGUGUGACCUUAAAAACAACUUAAUGGGUACAUUUAUGUAUCGGAUAACCUCUCUUUACAAGCUCAUAUACAACAAGGCCUUAACAGCAACUUGGUCUGUCUGUGAACAAGCUUUCUUAUACUUCAUUUCUGCCUGUUUGUUUUUCAGCCAUACCAGCAUACUGAAACACACACACACACACACACACACACACACACACACACACACACACACACACACACACACACACACACACACACACACACACACACACACACAGUACUGUAGCAGCUUGUUUCCUGUUUGAUCUUUCACCCAGUAUCAGGGUCAGAUUUUGUCUUAUACCCAUUCAUCAUUGCCAAGGUGCCAAUGUACUGUUCUGACACAUCAUCUCACUGCUCUGUUACCUCUCUAAUGCAUUUAGAUUACUUUCUUUUUACACAUACUGCAGGCACUGUGUGCACUGCAUCUUAUGUCAUGAACAGACUUGGGCCAAUUAGUAAUUGCAAAUACCUCUAAUUAUAAUAUGUAAUUCACUAUGUCCUGCAGUGAGAUUCAAGACAAUUAAAAUGUCUCUUACAGAAAAGUAUAUACAGUCAUUCAUUAUUAAAAAUAUAUACAAUCUUAAAUUAUACUGUACAUGUGUAAUUUUAAUGGUGAAACUGAUAUAAACUGUAUAUAAAGUAUUUGUAAACGCUAGUUGGUCCAAGUGUAAGCUGUACUGAUAUAAAACAGAAUUUUUUUUUUUAACCACUAAAUAUGUAUAGUUACAAUUGUCACAUUUAAGAUUCACAACGGCACUGCCGAGGCUGUGCACACGGUGCUAACAGAGGCCCCGGCCCCCACGUCUUCCCUGAACUAUAGAGGAAUAACCUGAGCUUUAUGAUUCUAACAACCCAGCUAACACACAGUAUAUUCUAUAUAAAAUGUAUAUUUUAAAGUUAUCACACCUCAAAUAUUGACAAUUAUCUAAAAUAAAAUUAACAAUAUAUGAUGCAUUUCUGAAAGUUUAUUUUUAAAAUUAACUGUGUGCAGUGCAAUAAAGUUAAGUCCUGGCCAAGUUGUAAGAAAGCAGACAUAUUCAUAUCUAUCUAUAGCUCUGGUAAAUUAAUAAGCAAAUCAGUCAUGUCUUCGCUAUAGCACUCCCACUGGUAACUCCCACGCUAUGUAACACUAUUAAGUGCACACCGUUUAUUACUGCCGCAUUGUAGACCUAGUUGAGACAGGAGGCGUCAGGCUGCCUUGUAUUUCGAUACCUCUCUGAAUCAGCACUGAUACAGGUUUACUGAGCCAUACUGGUUUCACUAACAAGUACAAAUAUUUACUGUAUGUGUUUAAUAAACAUUUUUAUGCCGAAGUGAUUAUUAUGCCAGACUCAAUAUAAUUAUAAUCUUAUUAAAAAGAAGUUACUUUCACAAACUGUGACUGUGAUUAUCAUCAGAUCAGACACAACUAAUGGACAAAAUUUAAAAGGAAUACUAAUAUGUCUGUAAACGAUGACAGAGGUAGUUGAGUUAGUCACCUGAUGGUCUGAAAGACUAACCCAUCCCAGUGCCCCGGUAGUAAUCGAACAGUAUGCUUUUCUUUUUUUGACCUGCAAAAUUAAAAGCGGGUCACACUGAGGCAGAUACACCAUGUGAAAAAUUUAACAGAUCUCACCACACUGUCCGCUUAGUUGUGGAGAUGUAGAUGUUCAAAUUUCUGUUUUCUCUGAAUACUUCAAGCACCUCUUAUCUAUGUUGUUCAAAGUUCAUUCUUAACCAGCAGCUGAGAAAUAAUAUGUCACCAUAAGAUCCAUUAAGUAGCUUUCAGUCAUAUCAUAUGAAAUUUUACGUUCAGAUUUCUGUUCUCUCAGAGUACAGAUAGCUACUGAUAGCAGGAGAUAGCUAAAGUACAUGCUACCUUAAUGUCUUCGGAGAAAAAAAAGAAUCUGCUUAGUAAUUAUUACAGACUUUUUGAAUGGGACCCUUCAAAUGAAGCCAAUGAUAUCCAAAAUUAAUUUUUGUACUGUUAUUAGUAACCAUAACUAACAGUGCAUGAGUUGAUAGAGAUGUUUGCGCUGUGUUCUAUCAAGUGAUCCAAACAAGACUGACUUGUCUAAUCUGAAUCUCUGUAUUUUGGUGUUUGAAUGGGUCAUCUGACUUCUUGACUGUAUACGUUUGUCCUGACAACCAGCCUCUGAGCACUGUGAACAAUAAAAUAAAUGUUUUACAAUUAA